AUGUCGGCCAACGAAACCACGAUGCGGCGGCCGUUCCGCGAGUGCACCGAGGUCUCGCAGCUCUGUCCCGUCGAGAUGACCGUGCUGUCGUACUACCCCAACUUGGGCGCCAACAUCUUCUUCGCUGUCGCCUUUGGCCUUGUCGUGCUCACCUCGGCGACCAUCGGGACGUGGAAGCGCACCUGGACGUUCAUGCUCUUUGUGACUGGCGGCUCGAUCCUAGAGACAGUUGGUUACGUUGGCCGGGUCCUCCUCCAUGAGAACCCCUGGAACAAGGACGCCUUCCAGAUGCAAAUCUGUACCAUCAUCCUCGGCCCGACCUUCAUCUGCGCCGGCAUCUACCUGACCCUUAAGCACGUUUCCGCGAACCUCAACCCGAGCCUCUCGCGCAUCCGCCCGCGCCUGUACCCCCUCAUCUUCCUUCCCGCCGACCUCACCUGCCUCAUCAUCCAGGCAAUCGGCGGCGGUCUCGCGGCGGCGGCGGGGCAGACGAACAAGAAGCUGCUCGACGGCGGAAACCAGGCCAUCAUCGCGGGUAUCGUGCUGCAGGUCGUCGUCUUGGUGCUGUUCGGCGCCGCCGGCGCGGACUACUGGCUGAGGGUGAGGAAGUGGGCGCACAGCGGCGACCACAGCACCGGCGACAUUGCGCUGUACCGCGCAAGAAAUUUUAGGAUGUUCCUCUGCGGCGUCGCGGUCGCGUACGCGUGCGUCAUGGUCCGUUGCGUUUACCGUGUCGCCGAGAUGGCGGGUGGAUGGGGCAACCACAUCAUGCAGGACGAGGUCUCGUUUAUGAUCCUUGACGGCGGCCUCGUGCUGACCUGCGUCACGCUGCUGACCGUCUUCCAUCCCGGCAUCUACUUCCAGCAGAUGAGCAAGUCCAGCAAGGCGCAGGCUGGGGAGAAGACUGGAUCGACGACGACCUCGACGCCGGAGAACGUCAAGGUCGAUUCGGGACGCGAGUCUGCAUGA